UCAAACCUGUUGUGCUAUUUUGAGGGUCAAAAUUAUGACUUCAGUGCUUCACUAAAGUCAUUUUCUAAUUUCUGGUCUGUUUCCUGAUCACCUGGAUAUCAACCGAGCAGUAACUUUGAAGGACUUGGCAGAAGGAGUGAUUGUAAUGCUCUCCUCACUGAGUGGAGAAAGAGCCGUGUUAAAACUAGGAGACAGAGACAUGAAGGUACUCGGUGGCCAUUUACUUUUACGCCUCAGGAGGAUAGAGUGGUUCUACCCAUAACAGAAGAGUUGAAGGAAGCCUGAGGAGAAACAUGCAGCAGUUUGGCUAGAAGACUGGAAGAUCUGGAAGACAAGGAAAGCUGGAAAUCAACAUUUAUCGGACACUCUUGCACACGAGGGAACUACAGUCGUGCCUCACCUCUCACUUCCAGUUGACACUGAGUGUGUGUUGGACGGAGAGGUGCACUUCCUGCCUGUGAGCCUGGGCUGUGCCCCACUGAGGCAUGAGUGUGGGAAGGUCCCAACACCACAGCUUCAUAUCCUGUGAAGAAGAAGGUCUGAGACUAAGUACCAUGCCUGCUGUGGGCAGCUUUGGCAAUGGCAAGAUUCACACAAGACGCAAAUACCAUGGGCGGUUUGUCACCAAGACCGGCCAGUGCAACAUCCAUUUCUCGAACAUGGAUGAGAAGUCACAGCGGUACAUAUCUGACAUUUUCACUACAUGUGUGGACAUCCGCUGGCGAUACAUGUUCCUGCUGUUCAGCCUGGUGUUUGUGGUGUCCUGGCUAACAUUUGGCUUGGCAUUCUGGGUCAUUGGCCUCCUACAUGGUGACAUGGACCAUCCAGGAGGGGACGACAGUUUUGUUCCUUGUGUGACACAGGUCAACACCUUUGUGGCAGCGUUCCUGUUCUCUAUUGAGACCCAGACGACCAUUGGGUACGGUGCUCGUUGUGUGACAGAGGAAUGUCCGGCUGCUGUCUUCAUGGUGGUCUUUCAGUCCAUCAUGGGCUGCAUCAUCGAUGCCUUUAUGAUUGGCGCUAUCAUGGCCAAGAUGGCGAGGCCCAAAAAACGUGCGCAGACUCUACUGUUCAGUCACAACGCAGUCAUCGCUAUGCGUGAUGGGAAACUGUGCCUCAUGUUUCGGGUUGCUAAUCUAAGGAAGAGCCACAUUGUUGAAGCUCAUGUGCGAGCCCAGCUCGUGAAGCCCCGCUACACAGAGGAAGGCGAGUAUAUCCCUCUGGAUCAGAUUGACAUGAAUGUAGGCUAUGACAAAGGCACAGACAGGCUGUUCCUGGUUGCACCCCUCACUGUCAUACAUGAGAUUGAUGAAGAAAGUCCACUGUUUGGCAUCAGUAAGCAAGAUCUGGAAACGUCUGACUUUGAGAUAGUAAUUAUACUUGAAGGGCUGGUGGAGGCCACGGCCAUGACGACGCAGGCACGCAGCUCUUACCUGUCCUCAGAGAUCUUGUGGGGUCACCGCUUCGAGCCCGUCAUCUUUGAGGAGAAGAACCAGUACAGGAUAGAUUAUGCCUACUUUCACAAAACAUUUGAAGUACCAUCCACCCCUAGAUGCAGUGCCAAGGAAAUGGAGGAGAGAAAAUUCCCAGCAUCUGGUGCCAACUCCUUCUGCUAUGAGAAUGAACUCGCCUUCAUCAGCAGGGAUGAGGAGGAUGAGGGAGAUGUAGAAAAAGAGGAAGUCAGGAAGUGUUCGUCAGAGCUGGUGAAUGAGCCGACCACUGCUACAGAGCAAUGCAGGUGUCAUGUGAAGAGCCCUAUGACUGUCAUUCCACUGACACGAGGACAUCACUGAAGGCAUUACAGCUGCAGACGGAGGACCAGCAGUACCGAUCUCCAUCAUACAAGCAAGACUGAAACUCAUCACAUUUCUCACUGGAUGAACUUUUUUGCCUCCCUGAGAUGGUUAUUGAGCUUUACUCAAUGCAAACAAAAACUGUCAGGUUUGAAUUUGCAAAUCCUGGAAAUAAAGUGCAUGACAAUAGCAUAGUUUUGUAUGAAUAUUUUGAGAAACGUUUGAUAAUUCUGAUGGGACUGCCUGUGGGUGCCGUUCACAGUCCUCAAACAUACAAUCUACAACUGAGUGUGGAGUGAAAUUAACACUUUGCAGAUGACGUUUAGAAAACUAAACCUGUUUCUCCAGACUCAUCUGGUAGAGACAGAGGUGCAGAUCAACAGUGGAUUUUGAUCUUAAUGGUAUAACUUACAUGAACAAUAAGAGUCUAAAUAUUCUACAUUAUACAAUGUCAGUGGAUGACUUGUUUAGUUGGCAUAUGCAACUGAUGUACGUACAUACAGUAUGGUCCACAUGUAACUAUGGGAGACACAUGAAAAGGUAGAGUUAGAAACAUCCAUCAUAAAACAGGAAAACACAUACAUAUGCAUACUAACAGGGAAAACUAUCCAUCAUUGUGGAUACAUUUAAGCCACUGGGGAACAUUUGAUGAGCAGAUGCUGAAUAUGUUAAUUCUGUCUCGACAGUUUACCAGAAACUUUGUGACUAGAGAGAAAGCUGAUCAAAUUUGCCCAUUCGCUAAACCCCGCUUCCGUGCUGGUUUUUGCCUAUGCCUGUCAAACUUUCUGUUGACACAGAUUUACCACUUGAUAUUUUUGCUAUUUUUUUGAAACAAUGGCUGCUUGAUUUCCAAAUGUGGUAGACGAAGUCAGGUGUUUAUCAUUUCUAGCCCAUGGACCUCAAUUUUGUUGGCCAUACUAGUAAAUAAGCUAAUGUUAGCCUCAUGAGUUGACAUUUAAAGUUUGAAGCUGACACAUUUCAAAAGGAGAAAAGGAUCUUACAUUACUUGAACAUUUACUUGUGGCCACAUUGGAGAUAUUGUGCUAAGAGUCUGAGGCUAGCAUCCUCACCAGCUGAUGAUCCAUGUACAAAAUAUGGAAAUAAAGAAAAAGCAUUGUUCUUGUAUUGCAAUGUAGCGAUAAUCAUUAAUCCUAGUACUAUAACUAUGAUAAGGAAAAAUGUAAAAUGAGAUUAACAUACUGCUGUUUAACUUAGCUUUUUUCUCUUAAUUUACAGACUUCAAGCAAGAUAGAGGUUAGAUCUAUGCUUUAUUUAUUUAUUUUUUCAUAUUUCCAAAAAGUACUGUAUUUUUCACUUUUAACAUUAAAAGAGAAAAGGCUUUUUAGGAUUAGUAUUAACUAUCUCAGGAAAUGUUGGGUGGGGCUGCUGCAGGGUAAACUAGCCCAAAUCCAAUAAAAGGCGGGAAAGCGCUGCUAAUCUUAGCCUACAGUCUGAUGGUAGUGUCCAGAACUGGCUCGCACACAGCAAGGAAAUACUAUACUGUAGAUGCACUAGUUGUGAAUGGGGCUAGUUUGUUGUAACCUGUGACCAUACAAAAAAAUAACAUAGUUUGAAAUUGUGCUGGUAAAGCUCAGUUAGGUUAAUACUGUAGGUAAAGCUGGCAAACUGGACAUGCUAAUGUUUUCAGCUUACUUUAAAGCCAACACACUGGUUAAUUCAUUCCUAACACACUUGCUGUUGUGUUGUUGGUUUUGGAGAGGGUAAAAAAAGAAACAAACCUAAACCCCCCCAAUCCAAAACUUGACAGCUGUGCUCUGCAUUGUUAAAUUUGUUAAGCUAUGAAUACACAGUUGCUAGUCAGGUGCUGGGAUUAACGAAUGGUCAACUAAAACCUCAGUUUUCCUCAGAUGCAAUAUGUUCUAGACUAGUAAAUAACAACUAUACACUAAAUCCAUAUUUUACAAAUGAUGAUGAUGUUCUCUUUAUAUUGUGCUGCAGGUCAAAAAGCCAUCAUCAAGACCUGUGUCAAUCUAAAAAUACAAAAUUAGAAAUAACCAAAGACAAAUAACACACACCUCAAAGUUCAGCUGUGUCUGUAACCUCAGGACAUAAAACCACAGCAAGAACAGAACAGUUUUACAGUAAACUCUCACAUAGUGGUAAUCAAAGACUUGACAUAUAAUUUUGGAUGGCCCCAGCAGGCAUUAGAAGAGUCUAAUUAAAGUCAUCUUCAAUGACACCCUGUCACAUGCAUGACCCAUGGGAGACAUAGUGGAGUAAUAUUGCGUCACAUCUUUGCUCUAUAUUGAGUAAAAGGCCAAAUCCAGAAAAUCACAUAGGGAAGCCCUGACACACAACACCAAAUACAGUACUGAGGAUACACUGUACACCAUAUCUCACUUAAAAAUCGACAUACAGGUAACACAUUAAUGAGUCUUGUAUGUUUUAGAUGUACAUGGGACAUUUAUAUGGUCUGUAAUCACUAGUGCAAAGUAAGUAUUUAUGGUAAAAUCGGGAAGUUUUAACAGCAGAGCAGAUUUAGAUGCAGUAUAGUGUAAUGAUAAUGUCAUUAUAGAUAUUGUAUCAAAUAAUACACUUUAUCUCAUGGUUUAAAAAGUAAAAACAUGCAACAGAUUAUGAAAAAUGUGUUUGAAGAAGUAAGAAGUGAGUUUGAAGGUUAUGUCACAGUUAUUUAAAAAAGAGUAUUCUGAGAUCAGUGUAAAGAAAUCAAACAAUACCUUGACAAAAUUUGUUCGUGGAUUAUUAAAGUGCAUUCAUGUGUGAAACAGCAGCCCAGCAGGCAUUCAGGAAACGUGUUUAAUCGUAAUCACGUGUCUCAUACAGACAUACACAGCUCUGAGGGAAGACUGUGAGUGUCCUAGUUUCACUCUGGCCUGCUCAUGUUGUGGCAGAUCUCACACAUGGCAACAAAUGACAAAUUAAUUUGCUAAAAUUUGGUAAAAUUACUGGCCUCCAAAAAGCCUUGGAUAGAUGCACUUUAUAUUAUUACAUAGUAUUAUAAACAUUAUUAUAUUAAUUUGGUUCUAGUAAUGAGUCCAUUGAAGUUAUUUGAAACUAUUUGUUGUUUUCUAUGCCCUUGCAGUCUGUUUCUUUUUUCUUUGAUUAACAGGCCAGGUAAUGAAGAUAUUAGGUCAGACAGUGUACCACUGUUUCACUGAUCCCAGGCGAGAUGAAUUAGUUUUCCCUCCACAUUUCUCAAACUAAAAGCUCCAUGUGGGUUAACUUAUACACCUGACUGCCAUUUCAGCAAAUUUCAACACAUUUGUAUUUAUAUCUUGCUGACUUGUGCUGAAAAUAUCCAAAUAGGCUUGUUCCAGAAAACAAAUGGUGGUUCCACUGCCAUUUGUGCCAGGAGCAGGGCCAAGGACUUCCUGCAUGUAUAGUGAGAAGGAAGAACUCUAAUUUGUACAUUUGUCCAGUCCUUAUUGUAAAUAAAUAGCCAUUUCUGGGGGGAGGGUUAGAAUCUUUCUGGCUGAAUAGACACUAAGUAUUAAUACAUUGUUUUUUUUUUUUUUUUGUUUUUUUAAAUCAGUGUUAAUAUCAAUACUUUCUUGAGCAAAGCAAGAAAGUGUAAAUACUCUCUUUGCUUGAUUGACUGAAAUAUCAUCUACUGAAUUGAAUGACUUUGACCUCUUCUUGCUGUCUUCCACUAAAUGCAUUUGAAGCAAUCUUGACUCUAAGUUGCACCUUACUUUCUCCUUGCAGGGUUUAGUUUGUUGUGUGAGGCAACAAUUUAUAAAUUGACCGACAAAAUAAGAAUUUAAAAUCUCCUGUUGAUUACCACAAUAAAAUAUAUUUCACAAAGCCAA